CCAUACAUGGUCCUGGAGUACUGCAAAAAUGGCACCCUUCGUGAUUGGUUGCUGGCACAGAAGGCAAAGGGAGGUGAACUGAGCGCUGACACAGCUGAUCGUAUGACAGAGUAUGCUGUACAAAUAGCAGCAGGGAUGGAACAUCUGAGUGAAAAGAAGAUUGUCCACAGGAGGCUGAUGUCCAAGAAUGUCCUCCUUAAUGGUAAAAUGGUUGCCAAGGUAAUGGGAUUUGGUCCUGAAGGAAAAGAUGCAGCCAAAAACAAGAGUCGUUUACCCACCAAAUGGAUGGCCUUGGAAAUUCUGCAGGAUCCUCAACUGCAUUAUACCACUGCAUCUGAUGUCUGGGCCUUUGGUAUCACUUUAUGGGAGAUAUACAGCCUGGGUGACCUUCCUUAUCCUACUGGACACAAGGACAAACUGAUAACCCUGCUGGAGAAUGGAACUCGCCCUGACAAGCCUGUAGAGUGCCCAGAUGAUAUCUACAACCAAGUGAUGCAGAAAUGCAUGUACCAUGAUCCAAGCAAGCGUCCCUCAUUCCACCAGAUCAAGAACCAGUUGAAUGAUUUCUUCCACCCUCCCCCAGAUGAUAGUGGCAUGUACUAUGGUUUAUAAGGAUAGCUGUGAACAUCUGUCUUGUACCUUAAUAUUUUUAUUCAUUGGAGAUGGAAUUAAGAACUGGUGACUUGUUCAAAUUACUGAUUCAGAACAUUGAUAAGAGGAUUUUUAGAAGACAAAAGGUAGCUUCUUUUGCUGUAUAAAUUGUAUUAAUUUCACACAUUGUGGAAUAAAUAUUAUCCCCUCCAUGCUUUUUAACAGUAAUAAUAGUGAUCAGUGUUCCAAAGUAAAUCAAACCAAAGUAGGAGUUCAAUGUAAUAGUUUGUUUAAUGAUUUUAUGCCUUGUUUUCAGUAGUGGUGUAUUCCCCUUAUUUCUCUUGUUCUUCCCCUUUAUCUCUUAUAUUGCAAAUACCUACGGUGUAUCAGUAUACCAGUAACUAGCAUAUCCUGUGAAAACCUCAUAUUUUGGAUUGAUACAUGUAAUGGCAUGGGCUAUAACUGCAGUUACAAUCAGUUUUAUGCUUAGACCUCUUUGUAUUGUGUAUUUUUCAAGUGGCUGAAUUUCAUUUUAUGGGUAUUAAUAAUUAAUGCAGUAGUAAAAUAUGUAAUUUUGUAAAUGAAGAAUGUGAUAUGGAACUCAAAAUGACCAAUUAUAUAGUUAUAUACCCGAAGGAUGUAAACAAAUUUAGAAUAUACCUGUGUGUGUGUGCAUGUGUGCGUGUGUGCGUGCAUGUGUGUGUGUUAGAAGCAAAAUCAGCAGGUGCUAUGUUAAGUUAUAUACAGAGUGAAUCUGAUCUUUUAAAUUUUUUUACAGUUUUUUAUCAACAAAAUCUAUAUUAGUAGGUGGUUCUUAGAAAUACUAGUAGUAGUUCAGCACGUGAUUUUGAUUUGAUUAUUUGUUUAUAAAAUAUGGCAAGAGCCAUAAAUGUUAUUGAAAGUUUAUGGGUUUUUGGCAUAUAUUUUAAAGUAAUUAUUGAUCAAGUUCUGUAAAAACUUCUUUUGUUUAUUGAAUAUGAGCUUCUGGUUAUGAUGUGUCAUCAAACAAAGACAUUAUUUUGCCUAUUUACUGAUAAAAUCAGAAGACUUUGAAGAAUAUUCCUGGUACCAGAUUGUAAUAAUGUAAGUUGUGAUUAAAGCUGUGUUGAUAGCUGUUCAAAUCAAGGAGAUCUACAUUUAUUGGAAAUCAAAAACUUGAUUUUAAACUAAAAAAUGCAUCCGUCAUGUCAUCAGCUCAAAUUAGCAAAUUUACCCUGAUGUAAAGGUAUUUUUAACGUGACAUAACAUAUUUCAUAAGACUACUGUAACAUUUAUCUCUGAAUUAUAAGAAAACAGAACAUAUUGAUCUCCCUUAAUCCAACAGAAGUUAUUUUAAAGAUUAGAUUUGACCAUGACAUUGUGAUUACAUGUUGAUAUAUGUAUAUGUGUUGGACACUGACUCAAGCCACAUUUUAAAUUUAUUCACUUGUACUGAUAUGUUAAA